UAAUUUACAGAAUUGUUUACUUUUAAUUAUUCAUUUUCAUUUGCUGUUUCUUUUAACAAAUUUAAUUAUUUUCUUACCAAAUGCCAGACAACACGCAAAAACCUUUCAAGUUCACAUCCGAAUUGUUUAAGCCCGUACCUGAGGACGAGUUUAUUGAUAAGCGCGACUUUGUUCCUGUUGUUGAUUACAAUAAAUUCGAACUGGAUGAUUUGGACUUUUCUAAUUUCGAAUCAUAUCGGGCUCCCAAGAAGCCUCGCCAAAAUCCCGUUGAGGAUUUGUCGCAACAAAAUGAGGCUUUGCCUCAACAAGAUGCUCUUAACGAUUGGGACAACUACUUCGACUUAAAUGACAACAAUUUUUACGAUGAGCCUGUGUUGACAGAGGAAGAAAUUCUUGCCAAUGAGGAGGAGGCUGCAGCAAAAGAAAAAGCUGCCAAAAAGGCUGCUCGGGAGAAGCGUCAGAUGAAGCCUACGCAACUGGCCAAUGACUGGAAGGAGAACCUUGAAGGUGUUAAGGCUGCCUUUUUUGAGUCGAUGCAGGGAGGAUUCCCCAAAGCUGAAGCUGUUGAGGUUGAGGCACCUGCUGUUCUUUGCGAACACCACGAAGUAAAAUUUCGGGAAGUGAAAUUAUACUUCUUUCACCGCCAUGUCACGGUGAAAUUCCAAGAGUGCGAUUGCAAGCCUCUUUGGAAAACUUUAAUGCUCUUGCAAUUCAUGCCUGCCAGCAUUAGACAACCAAAGUGUGCUGUACACUUUGGUUUCUUGCAAGCCAUUCACGACCGUAAGGUAAUCGGCCAGGAUUCAGUCACGUCCUGGGUCGAGUGGAUGAAUUUGCAGAAUUCAAGAAGAGCCGCUAGUGACUCUGGUGAGGAGUUGCUGUCACUUGGUCAAGAUGUGUUGAACAAGUGUUAUCUCAUUUACUGUAGAUUAUUGCUGUCUAUCGAGAGAACACUUGAGGAGGAGUUCGCACAGUCUUUGGAUGGGAUCACGUUGGCACCUUCCUGCGUUGUUUGUUUAGUAAGAUUAUUAUAAAAUGGCACCACAUAUCAAUUUUUAAUCCUAUGAUUUAGGGUUCCGAGCGAACAAUGAUAACAAUGGAUGGAAACUUUUCCCAGAAGCGCCAUAAUUGUGCUCAUAACUCACCUGAGCCUUUUUUGGUGGAUCAAGUUGACGAGCUUUGGGGUAAAGCGAAGGAUGUGGAGAAGUUCCUGAAGGAUGAUCGCCCUGUCAGUGAUUGUAAUGCUGAACUCCAGUAUGUCGGUGAUGGUGAUGGUAAAGAUGGUGAUGAUAGCGAUGAUGGUGCUGGCGCUGGCGCCGGUGCUGGAGCUAAGACGAAGGCUAAGGCUAAG